UCUCUCGAGCCAUAUGGGAGUGCCCAAAUUUAUAUAACCGCUAUGAAUAAUAAAGCAAGCACACAGUUUGGCAAGUGUCGUUCAUUUAGAAGUUUAAACAAAAACAAAAUGGCAUCCAACUUCCAGUUUUCCGUAUGAUAAUUUUUAGUAUACAUUUUCAAACGGAUCUAACAUACGCCCCUCUCCAUAAAAAAUGGUACGUUCCGGAUUCUGCGUCAUCAAUUGUUUACAAAUCAACCUCGAGCUGUUUCUGUUGGGCAGCGUGGUGAACUGGUACGCCGGCAGAGCGAUCCUAUCCAUUUGAAUAAAAACAUAAAUCGCGCCCGGAUAUUUUGAUAUAUACAUAUAUAUUUCAAAAUGCCUUGUCGAAAGGAGAACUACAUCCUUUUGGAACAGUCGGUAACAGUGGAUUCUAAGGAAGUAGACGCGCUCGUGUCGAAGAUCGGCGAGGCGCUGCAGCUUCACAACAAUAGCUCGAGCCAUAAGGGGAUGUCACGUCUACACGGUCUCGCCAGCGGCACAUGCGUCAAACCGAGCAACACAAACAGCAGCCACGGCUGUAGCAGCUCGGCGGGCGGUCAGCGGCGCAACGGAUGCUGUUUGCGUCUACGCAGCCGGAGUUUACGCACCAGCCGGUCCAGUCCGUACAAUCCGUCCGGAUCCAGCGAUCAGGAAUGGGGCCAUAUCAAAUCCUCGUGGAACCGAAAGAGGAUCGACGUUACAGCGGGCGACGAGGACGACCCACAUGAGCUACUCCAGGAACUCAUAUUGUCGGGUAAUCUGAUCAAGGAAGCGGUCCGACGACUGAAGUUUUCCUCGGAACAACCGGAGCACGACAUCUCCAAACCCGUAGACUGAUUUGUAUGCGUUCAGACCAGCAGAUGCAUGAACGUCCCCGCGUUUCAAAGGGUCACCAGCUCAUAUUCAUGCAUUGAUUUUGUUGGAAGUUUUACAGACUUUAAUAUCAAACCCGUGUCAUUUUUCUAUUGUAUAUUAAUGGGAUGGAAAUGUUAAGUACUUUUGACUGUUUUGCAAUGUGAUUACCCUUUAAUUCUCCGUCGUACUUUUUUUUUUUUUUUUUCUCUUCUCCUU